AUGGCCAACUCGGACUUCUUGAACAAAGCGAUCGAGAUCGUUCAAAAGGCGAUCGACGAAGAUGUCAAGCAGAACUACCAAGAAGCGUACAAGCUCUACCAGAACAGCUUGGACUACUUCAUGAUGGCCAUGAAGUACGAGAAGAACGACAAGCUCAAGGAUCUCAUCCGAAAAAAGUUCACAGAGUACCUCGACAGAGCCGAGAAGCUCAAGGAGCACCUCGCAAAGAGCUCGGAGGAUCGUGGCAGAGCCGCCGUGGGAGCGAACGGUGCGGAGAAGGGCGUCGGCGGCAGUACGGGUGGCAAGAAGGACGGCGACGACGACGAUGUCGAUCCCGAAACCAAGAAGCUACGAGCAGGUCUGUCGAGUGCAGUCCUGUCAGAGACGCCCAACGUGCGAUGGGACGACGUCGCGGGUCUGCACACCGCAAAAGAAGCGCUCAAGGAAGCCGUCAUCCUGCCCAUCAAGUUCCCGCAGAUGUUCACGGGCAAGAGGACGCCAUGGCGUGGUAUCCUCAUGUACGGUCCCCCCGGUACCGGAAAGUCGUUCCUGGCCAAGGCCGUCGCCACCGAGGCCAAGUCGACCUUCUUCAGUGUCUCGAGUUCGGACUUGGUCAGCAAGUGGAUGGGAGAGUCGGAACGUCUCGUUAAGCAGCUCUUUCAGAUGGCACGCGAGGCCAAGCCAUCCAUCAUCUUUAUCGACGAGGUCGACUCGCUCUGCGGCACAAGAGGCGAAGGCGAGUCGGAGGCAUCGAGGAGAAUCAAGACCGAGUUCUUGGUGCAGAUGAACGGUGUCGGCAACGACGAGACGGGCGUGCUGGUGCUCGGUGCCACCAACAUUCCAUGGGCGUUGGAUCUCGCCAUCAAGCGUCGUUUCGAGAAGCGCAUCUACAUUCCGCUGCCGGAUCUCGAGGCGAGGAAGCGCAUGUUCGAGCUCAACGUCGGCGAGACACCAUGCGCCUUGGACAGCAAGGACUACCGCAAGCUUGCCUCGCAGACGGAAGGCUACUCUGGAUCCGAUAUCAGCGUCUUGGUUCGUGAUGCGCUCAUGCAGCCCGUGCGCAAGGUGACGGGAGCUACCCACUUCAAGAAGGUCAUGGCACCCGCCGCUCGCAAGAAGAAGCAGGAGAAGGCCAAGAACGGCACUGCAGACACGGGCGCGCACGGUGACGCUGCCCAACAGGAUGGAGACGAAGCAGCCGUGGAGGACGAGGUGCAAGAGAUGAAGGAGUACCUCACACCCUGCUCUCCAGGGGACCCUGAUGCCGUCGAGAUGACAUGGGACGACAUCGAGGGCGAGCAGCUCCUGGAACCCAAGCUGGUGAUGAACGACUUCUUGCGGGCCAUCCAGGCGGUGCGUCCCACCGUCACCAAGGCAGACAUCGAGAAGCACAUCGAGUUCACCAACGAGGCUGGUCUUGAAUGA